AGGGUCCCAACUUGAUUAUUAACCAGCCAAACACGCUGCUGGAAGGGAUGUCAGAUUGGUGCAAAGAGCACCAUGGAAAGGUGCUUUCCGGAUCCCGAGGUAAUGGAGGUGAUUGGAGUCCACCUGUGCAGAGUUUGCCAGCUGCUGAGUGGCUCACACUCGCUCUUUCCGGCCAAUCGUUGUCGUGGGCUCCACACAAAAGAGGCACACUCUGGGCUCUCAAGAGGGGGACUGUCUCAUUUCUAAUGACGUAGCUGAAUUGGAAAGACCCUUGGUUCCAGCAGAAAUUGACAAUUGGGUGUGGUAAGGAGGUAGAGGGCAUAGGUAAGUCGGGGGUACCCUGUACACUUUUGCACGUAGAGUUUUCCUGUCUAGAAACUAGGUUUAGUGGUUGUUGCCACCCGCUGUAUGUUUUGUACACUGUUGUUUUGUUGUUUUCAGAAGCCAGAUUUAGGUAGGCCUAGUUUUGGUUUGGUAAUUUUGGUAACUUCAACACUUUUAAUUUGGUUGUUCGUUAUUGUCCCACUUUGUGGACGUAACAGAUGGCAUUUUAUUACCAUCCAUUUGAUUGCAUCUGACAAGCAACAGCUGUGUUUUGAGGAUGAAUUGCAUAACAUGCCAAUAUUAUUGCAGCACAUAUUUCACUUUUCAUUUUGAAAAUGUGUUAAUUUGUAUUUUGUUUUACGCUGCAGAUUGAUCACACGGGUGUUAGUGUUAUGAGAGGCAGUAUUGGCAUUUCAUUUACACAAGUCUAGAUUUACACUUCUCACACGUUUGCGUGUUUCUUGCAUUUGCCGACGGUUCUAAUUUCACACGUUUUUGUGCGUACGCAUGGGUCCGAGCUUGCGUGAAGGGCCGCGCAUUUUUCCGUCAAGUUGGCUUUUUAUAAAUGCCAAUUAUUGCGUAGAGCAGCGUACGGCGCCUUUUGCCGCAAUGUUUAUAAAUGAGUCCCCUGGAGAAGCAAGCUGCUUGCAGAUCUGAUGGUGCAGCAUGGAGGUUUUGGGGGGUAAUUAGUUUUUACAGAUGGGUGCGUUUCCAUUUAUGCAUUUAUGAGCGAGUAGUAAAACUUUAGUCAAUCCAGAAUGAGACCGUGUAGUGAGUAGAGUAUUUGUACAAAAAAUCCAUCUUUCCGUCUUUCCUUGUAAAGACGUAAAGACGUCGAUCACAGCAUUAUAAAACUCUUUAUCAUCUUUACGGGCCUUAAGUUUGCAUGGUCUCUGGCUCUCAGAAACAUAAUGGCGAGAGCUGAAAAAUAUGCUUGUCCGGUUCCGAAUGUACCUUUCCUCACAUCUGUGAUAUUAGCAGACACCGCUGCUGUCAUUUUGACUUUCGCGGGGAUUACACUUACAACGUAGGAUGUAUUGACGUCAGCUGUGCAAAUGUCCAGUAACAUCUCGAUUUUACUUGGUCCAAAUUUUAUACGUAACUCUGCUGAUUACUGGCAUAACCUAUUUACGUGCAAAGGCACAACAGAGCUGUGCUUUUUGCCGUACAUGUUUAAGAAUAAAAGAUCGAAAUGUGCGCAACAUGGGUUUUUCGCUUGUCUGCAAUGAAUGGACCGUAAAAGCACUGCUUAUUCUACAAUUUCUUUAUUUUACUAUGCAUAACUGAUACAUUUGUCAUCUUAACGUAUUACGUAUAUAAAUCACAAGAAUAAAGAGUAAAAAUACAAAGUUAAAAAAUUUUAUUAAAUAAAAUGAUUUAAUCAUUUUUAAAAAUUGAGUUGCGGCUGGGUAGGCAGUGCCUACCUUGCCUAACCAGACUGCACGUCACUGGUUCUUGUAUAGGAGAAAGCUCAUAUCCUACGAAAGCGGAGUCCUCACAGCUUCUCCCACCACUGGAUUAGCUGCAGCAAGUCCCAGAGCUCACUUGUAGAGGACCAAUUACAGAGAGGACGAUUGGAAAGUCAGGCAACAAACCCUACUAUGCACUGUUCAGACUUUAAUGAGGAUCAGGGCCUCCCGUAAAGGCAAAGGCAGCUACUGUGAUAGCGGUUGUGGACGACAAUCCAGGGAAAUUCAUAUACAACCUUUGACCUAUGCUUUUAAUUUUCUCAAACUGUACAGUAUUAUAUCAUGAGGUAAAAAAAAAUCUUCCACCACAAUGAUGAUCGCUACUGACUUGCCAUUGUGUGCUACUGCCUGCCACGGAGUUGCCACUGAUUCACUGAUGACCCCCACAGACUUGCCAUUGCGUGCCACUGCCACAAGUAGUACCUCCCUCGAUUUCUUUGGGAGUGGCUUUCUCCUUCACUCUUACCCUUCUCUCCUGGCCGCGUGCGUCAAGAAAGAAAACACUGGACGUUACCGCCAGUUCCUUCAAAAUAAAAGCCAGACAUUUCGUUUACAUUCAGUGGAAAACGUGAUUGCAAUUAAGUUAAAUUGAGAGGAUUUCUGAUUUAUACACUAAUGCGGGGAUACUUUUUAAACUUAAAGACGGGGUGGUAUAAAGCUAAAAAGGGGUAAUUUGAGAAUAUCCCAUACAGCUAGAGUGGCACCACACACAACUGUAUGACUCUACACUCUACUAUACUCUACAGUAUAAAGUGAAAAGAUGGAAACUACACAGCACAUCAUAGGACUGAGCUCCGCACAUAAAAAAUCUCUUCACCAGGCUGGCAAACCGGAUUAUUGAGGACCCUAACCAUGCAGCCAUAAGCCGUCCUUUUGCUCCCUAAAUUAUUAAAAUAACGAUUACUCUCAUUACUCUGCCGCACCACCAAGCUCUGAGAAGUUACCCACAGAUAGCCUACAUGUAUUUAUUACUUCCUAUUAUAAUACAACAAUACAUGUAAGAACAAACUAGAUAUAACUUGGAAAUCGAAAUUCAAGGUAAAUUAUUGUAAAUUACUUUAUUUUGAAAUGUACCAGAUGUUUCCUGUUUGUAUGAUUUCUAGCUUGAUACUGAUAUGGCUAUACAAAACAUGCUGUAGUCGAGAAGUCCAAAAUUCGCAUUUAUUCAACUCGUCCGGCAGCAGCUGAGCCCUCUGGGAAUAUGUAGCAGCUUUGUAGCUUUAUAAGUGAAGUCACGGGCUUCAGCGCUUCAGACUUCAGCGGCCACUCUUUCGCUUUCGGCCACUCCUUUCCUUUUUGUUUGCCGGACGUGGUUCAGUGGAGCAGCGAUCCCAGCAGACACUGGUGCUUCGUGUGUAGGAAAUGGCAACUGCUCUUACUGGCCGAAACCCUGGAGGACGAGGACCAAAUCGAGGUAAGGGUGGGAUUUUAGGCAUCAUUGAUGCCAUCCAGGAUGCAGUGGGGCCACCGAAACAAUCAGCUGCUGACCGGCGGACUGUGGAAAAAACCUGGAAACUCAUGGAUAAAGUAGUUCGCCUCUGCCAAAAUCCAAGACUUCAGCUGAAAAACAGUCCACCCUACAUACUAGAUAUAUUACCUGAUGCCUACCAGCACCUGCGGCUUACACUGGGAAAAUAUGAAGAGAACCAGAGACUCUCAGAGCUCAGUGAGAAUGAGUACUUUAAAGUCUAUAUCGAUAGUCUCAUGAGGAAAUCCAAACAAGCCAUCCGACUCUUCAAAGAGGGAAAGGAGAGAAUGUAUGAAGAGCAGUCACAGGACAGGAGGAACCUGACCAAGCUAUCUCUGAUCUUCAGUCACAUGCUUGCUGAAAUCAAAGCCAUCUUUCCGGGCGGACACUUCCAGGGAGACUCUUUUAGGAUCACCAAAGCUGAUGCGGCUGAGUUCUGGAGGAAGUCUUUUGGAGUACAGACAACAGUGCCAUGGAAAGUCUUCCGACAGUGUCUUCACGAAGUUCAUCUCGUCAGCUCAGGAUUGGAGGCUAUGGCCCUCAAAUCCACCAUUGACCUUACUUGCAACGACUAUAUUUCUGUGUUUGAGUUCGACAUUUUCACACGCCUCUUCCAGCCGUGGGGAACAAUUCUGAGGAACUGGAAUUUCCUUGCAGUGACACACCCUGGCUACAUGGCUUUUCUUACCUAUGAUGAAGUCAAGGCCCGACUUCACAAGUACAUCGACAAGCCUGGCAGUUACAUUUUCCGACUGAGUUGUACGCGACUGGGCCAGUGGGCGAUUGGCUAUGUGACCAACGACAGCAACAUAUUGCAGACCAUCCCCCACAACAAACCGCUGUUCCAGGCUCUGAUUGAUGGCAACAAGGAAGGCUUCUACUUGUUUCCUGAUGGUCGCAGUUACAAUCCAGACCUCACUGGUUUAUGUGAGCCAACACCUCAUGAUCACAUCAAAGUUACACAAGAGCAGUAUGAACUGUACUGUGAGAUGGGUUCCACCUUCCAGCUUUGUAAGAUCUGCGCUGAAAACAACAAAGACGUCAAGAUUGAACCCUGCGGUCACCUUAUGUGUACUUCCUGUCUAACUGCCUGGCAGGAAUCAGAUGGUCAGGGUUGUCCGUUCUGUCGUUGUGAGAUCAAAGGCACCGAGCCCAUUAUUGUGGAUCCCUUUGACCCACGUAAUGAGGGUAACAGGUGUUUUUUCAUGGAACAGCAAAGUUGUCCCAUGCUGGAACUGGACGACGAGGAAGACCGAGAGGACUGUCUGGUCAUGAAUGGACUGGCCAACACCAGGAAGCACUGUGCAGAUCGUCAGAACUCGCCCAUGGUGUCUCCCAGCUCUUCCCCUGUGAACCAAUAUAGAAAGUUCCAUGGAGGAGACCUCAGCCACUGUGUCCAGCACCUUGGUCUUCCCCCUGUCCCGCCACGACUUGACCUCAUUCAAAAGGGUGCCACCCACUCCCCAUCUGCCAGUCCAAACGUCUCUCCGAAGUCUUCGCCAGGAAUGUCCAGGAAGCAGGACAAGCCUCUCCCAGCCCCACCUCCUCCACGAAGAGACCCACCUCCACCGCCUCCCCCUGAGCGUCUUGCUCCCAUACCCUCCGAGUCAUGGCACUCUUGGCUACCCACUUCAUCUCCCUUGACAUCUUCCAUCUCAUCUUCUAUGGGCAAGCUGUCAGGCUCCCAAAUGCCCCCUGAGAUACUCUUUCCCAAAGACACACUGCUCAAACCUACAGGACACUGUCACCUGAGCGGAAGGCCGCUCAGUUUUCCGUCUGCUGGAUUAAGGAAAUUACACCAAAGAAUGGAAGAGACAGGAACCUCAGAGAGCUACAAGUCCUUCUAUGAUGAGGGGCCAGUCAGCGGUGAAUAUGAAAUCCUUCCCUCACGGCACUCGCCAAUGCAGUCCACACUUGCCAGUAGCUAUAAACCCUCCAACUCUUCAAGGAGCCCUGUAGUAGAGCAAAAGUGGGGAGUGAUGGAGAGGCUGGAGGACCACUAUCAGAUCCCUUCAUCCAGCGUCUGCUUGAGCCAGGCUCCCAUUUGCAUUUCUGUAGCUGGCAGGCACUCAAUGAACAGCUCUCCAGAGCCUUCAAUUGAGGAGAAGCAUCUGCAGCUUGGUGGACACUGUGAGCCGGUCAGGGGGUUGAUCUCACAGGGGACUCACCUGUGCCCCUUCGACCCUAACAACAUAGCCACUGACUAUGACAUUUUGCUGCCUCCGACAGCAUUAGACGCUCCGUCCCAACCAAGACUUGGCUUCAUCGACCUCUCAUCCUCUUCUUCGUCCUCAUUCUGCAACUCCUCCUCGUCUUCUGUCAUUGCACAACGACACAGGCCUUCCUCUGGACAUGAGCACUUAUUGUCAACCCACGGAGCAGUGUUUGACAUGCUGAACAGAGCUGCUCCUCUGCCUCUUGUCAGACGACACGGAGAGCAUGGUAAAAGUUUCAGGGGCUGCCUUGAGUACGACCAAUUAUCAGCCAGUCAAGUAUCAAUUGACUAUUUGCAGGCCCCUGCCAGGCCACCCAAGCCACUGCCCAGGACGAUCCCUCCACACAUUAAGCCGGGCAAACCCCAGAGCUUGCACUUGGAGAACGUUGACGCCAAAAUUGCAAAACUAAUGGGGGAGGGAUACUCCUUUGACGACGUAAAGCGGGCCUUGAUGAUUGCCCAGCACAAAGUGGAUGUUGCCAGAAACAUUCUGCAUGAGUUUGCCUUAGCGGCCCCGAGACUGAACCUCUAGUCUGUGACCGUAAAAAGGGGAGAGUAGUAAAGUUGUGCCUCUGAAUGAUCUACUAAAAAUGGCUUUUUCUAUUCUGCUUUGCCUAGGACUACAACAGAAAUAUGUCAGGAGAAUUGUUUAUUGUUACCAAACAGAUGAUGUUUAUUACAAAUUGGCUAGAAAUAAUUUGCAGUAGAAAAACAAAAAAGCGCUAUACAAGUACAGUCCAUUUACCAGCUCUUUUCUGCCAAAAAGGUGCAGCUAAUUUGUAGGGUUCCUUUUAUUUACUUUAUUUUAUUUACUUAAUAUUACAGUGUCUAUCCAGGGUCUUGCUGAUUUAACACAAUUUAGAGGGAUUUAGUGAGUGGGAGCUGUUAGAUGGAGUAAGUAGAUGCCUUAUUGAUUGUUUGUUUAGCCCACACCCGGAUAAAACUGUACCGGAACUUCAGAGGUUCAUUUUUUUGAUUAACUUAGUAUCUCAUUUGGAGUGAGAAUAAACAGCGUAAAAUAUGUACAGUACACAUGGAGAUGGUCAAAGGCUUAGUUUUGCUCUUUGUUUCUGUAAAUAUUAAUAAGCUUUCUUCAUCUGUGGUGCCUAUGAAUGUGCAUGAAUGGCUAUACCUUAGUACAUUUUCUCCACAACUAAAGCCAUGAAUUGGAUGUUAUUGUUUUGCUCUCCCACAAAAUUUGAUAACAGUAAAAACAGAAGUCUGCAGAGCAUCCAUAUUAUGAGAUGAGAUAGAAUUAAAAUCCCAGAAUCUAAGGUGCAUUGCACCACAACAAUUCAUCAAUGCAUGUAUUGGAUAUGUUCCAUUUCAUCUUUAGUAGUAUAUGAGUUGUUGCCAGACAAUAAUUUUCAUUUAUAAUUUGGGACUUCAUUUCAUUGUUUUGGCGAUUGGUUAAAAUAAGAUUGUUUUCUUCUUAUUUUUGAGCUCUAGUAAGAAGGCAGAAGAAGUCUUUUCUCCUUCAUAUCCUUUUGUCUGACCAGGUUUUUUUUAACCCAGGUGACAGCCUCAGACCUAAAAUGAAGCAAAUGGUGAAAUGUCAUAUCUCUCUGUUUGCACAAAACUGAGAUAGCGAUGAAGUCCAGGGCCCGGUUUUUCAAAAGGUUUAAUCCGGAUAAAAUUGAUCCGGAUUUAGUAAUCCUUUUUUUUGCGAUCCGUGAUCACGUAAUCCAGCUUACUUUUGAGCCAGUUUUUCAAAGCAACAUCGGAUUGGAUCAAUCUGAUGGAUAGGAACUUUUCAGGAUCACCAAAUCUGGAUAACCAGUGCUCAAACAGGAUAGGAAAUCACAAUGUAGAAGAGCAACAAGUAGAAUAGCCAGUGUGGGGUCAAUAUAAGUUUAUUUUUAUUUGAAAUGAAAACACACACAUUUAAAAAAAAAAAACUAAAAACAAGAAAAACCCCACUCCAUCCUCUUCCAGCAGUCCGCUCAUCUGAGACUUACAACACAAACACUGUACAUUGAGGAUAUUUAUAACAAGUUUCAAAUAUAGAUGUAUUGAAUUAAAAAAAAGACUUAAUGUCAAAUACUUCACAAUAAUUUCAGACUUCCUCAUCUGAUGUGGAGAGACCAGCUUGUCUGAGCGUAGCCUUUAGGAGGCGGAUCUCAAGUCUGGCCUUGGUUUGCUGCAGUUUGGUCAGAGUCAGUUGUUCCUCUGCCAGAACGAGCAAACAGGACGUGCAACAAGGGAUUUGGAUUUGUUUUGGAUUUCAAAAAUCAGUGAUUGCCAUUCUUUGCAUUUUUUUGGUUAUUCUGUAAUCAUUGCAUGCAUCACUAAUAAAUAUUCUAUAAACAAAAAUAUUUUCGAUUGUGAUGAAUAUAUAUAUAUAUAUCAAUUAGUGACACAAUAAAAUGUAUUGUUUUUGGUCAAUUUUGACAGCUGUUUGGGGGAUUAUUUUAUGAGGCCAAACUCUUUCUUUGCUGUAGGCCUAUACUGAAAGGCUGAAUACGUUAAAGCCUACCUAAUCACUGUAGCCUGACGGAUGAACAAAUAAAAUUAAAACCUUAUGAAUAAAUAGGAUAUCUUGUAAGAUACUGCAUGAUCCAAAUAUAGUAUUAUUUGAUACAUUUUUCAAGUUUUCAUUACAUUUUGGGCAUGAAAUCCACGCUGAAUCCACUCUUCUGAUGGGAUCAGUUUAAUCCAGACUUUUUGGAUCAAAGUGAUCCAAAUCCUACAAAAAAGUUCUGAAAAACCCAAACUAAAGGUUUUAUGUAAUUUGAUUAUGUAAUCCGUUUUUUCUUUUGAAAAAUCCAUUUUCAAGAUUUGAUCCAAUCCGUUAUCCAAAAUCCUAGUGGAUUACUUUUGAAAAACCGGGCCCAGAUGUCUUUUUAUUUCCAAGCUAUUGCCAGGGACGAGCACAAUAAACCAUCGACACAUUUUUACUUCCGGGCUCUCUGCCCUCUAGCCAUUAUUAUACUGUCAAAAUGUAUUUGAGAUAAUGUAUUGUAGUUUCCUCUAUGAAGAGCUCAAAAAUGUUGACAGAUUUAGGUGUCCUGUAUUUGAGGACCAUCAAAAAGCAGAUAUCUAAGUGUUUUCGCUCAAAGAUUUCCCAGUCUGGCUUAAAAUAACAACGCUCAGUUGGAAAAUCCUGAUAGAGCAUGAGGAAAUGAUGAACUCAGUCCUAAUGAUAGAGCUCUCUGAAUUUUAAAUCCAUUUGUAUUCAGAAUGAGAGCAUGCAACCGCAUAUGAAAUAACUUUCUUUAGUUGUGGUGUGUGUUAGAAUAAGUCAGCCAUAUUAACAGGUUCCAUUGCUACCAGUUUGUCAAAAGGCUGUGAUUCAUGGUCAUGCUGAUGGAGACAGAACACCCAUUAUGGAAUAUAGAGUCCACAAUAUGGGAGGCCCACAACUGAUACUAAUUAUAGUACGCUUAUUGCACUUACUUCACUGAAACAGACGUGAAAUAAACCCCCACACGCCUUUCCAUUAACAGCUAUCCUUUCCUUUCGUUAAGAUUACUAUAGAGCGGAAAACGACGGUAGUUUGAAAUUAAUGUUAGUCAAUCACAGGGUUUCAAACAAUACAAGCAAUACCUAAACAAUUAUUGAUAAUAACAAGCAAGGCUGUGUGCAAAGAGGAAAGUCUGAAAAGUGUCUAAUUUCUGUCACAAAAGCCAUAAAAGAAUGUCAGCUAAACAAAAACACACAAAUAAAAAUAUAAUCAAGCAUUUUAAUAUGCAGGGUCAUCAGCUAAGCUUUUUCUGCUCCCCUAAUCACCAUAUUUAUUUACUAGGGCUGUCAAUAGAUUAGUAAGUAUUAACUAAUCAAUCGCACAUUUUGAAAAUUACAUUCCGAUAUGAAAUGCAGGUGCAUUUCUCUUUAACUACUGCUUAAUUUAAUCACUGGUCUAUUUUCACUUUCUCAAACUUGAAAAAAACCCGGCUUUCAUUCCAUUGAACCUUUUUCUUAACCCCUUCAGUAAGUGGCCUUAGGUUACAAAGUAAGUAAUUCUUUUCUUUUUUUCUAAUGCCAAAUGCUCUGUUGUAAAAGACUUAACAUAAUGACAAUAUGUAAAACAUAAUGUAAUGUGUGAUUUAAUUUAUACAAUAUUUUCAUGAAUGAGUAAAUAAAACUUUGUAAUUCC